UUUCAGACUAAAAAUGUCGGCUAAGACGCUAGGGAGAAGCCUACUCCCACGUCUUGUUCUCAACCCAUGCUCUAAACCAUCGUGCUCUAGGUUUCAUGUUAUUCCUGGGUCUGUAACAACCCGAUCUACUUGCAGAUACAUCUUCACCAUUCAGCAUAGGUUGGCUGGCGGUAGGUUAGAGGUCAAACUACCUGCACUUCUACCUGCCAGGAGUUUCAGUUUAAGCUCGCCUGUAGCUGAGAUUGCUCAGUUUAAUCUCUCAGAUAUAGGAGAAGGGAUUAAGGAAGUAACGAUUAAGGAAUGGUUUGUGAAGCCUGGAGACAAAGUGUCCCAGUUUGACAAUAUCUGUGAGGUGCAAUCUGAUAAAGCCAGCGUCACCAUUACAUCUAAGUUUGACGGUGUAAUUACAAAACUGUACUAUGAUGUUGAUGAUAUUGCACAGACUGGAGAUCCUUUAGUAGACGUUGAGGUUGCAGGUAGCUCUGAGGUCCCUGUACCUGCUAGUGUUACUCUGGAAUCAGAUGAUGAGGAUAUUGAUGAUUCUAACUUACGAAGGGUCAAGGUGCUGGCUACCCCAGCAGUCAGGCGUAUUGCAUCUGAGAACAAUGUUGCGCUGUCUGACGUAGUGGGAACAGGACGGGAGGGUAGAGUUCUGAAAGAAGAUAUUCUCAACUUUUUAGAUAAUAAAUCCGCCGUUUCCGCCCCUCCGCCUGCCGCUGCCCGGGCUCCACCAGUCAGUCAGAAACCGAAACCAGUUUCGGCGGCGGUGGCGAGGCCAAGAGUCCAAAAAGCGGCCGUUGCAGAAGGCAAGGACAGGGUGGAGCCCCUGAGUGGUAUGGUUAAGGCAAUGACUAAGAAGAUGACUGAGUCCUUGAUGAUCCCACAUUUCGGAUAUUAUGAUGAAAUCAAUAUGUCUAGUCUAGUCACCGUCAGAAAGGAGCUGAAGAGUAUCAGUGAGGCAAGAGGUGUAAAAUUGUCCUACAUGCCUUUCAUUGUCAAGGCCGCUUCUCUAGCUCUUCUUCAGUUCCCAGUUCUCAAUAGUUCUCUAGAUCUUAAGUCAGAGACUGUGACCUAUAAACACAGUCAUAAUAUUGGAGUUGCGAUGGAUACAGCACAGGGUCUACUGGUGCCUAACAUUAAGGGGGUUCAAAAUCUAUCUAUAUUUGAGAUUUCUGAGGAAUUAUCCCGACUGCAGGAGAUAGGAUUGGCCGGUAAACUAACAAAUAAGGAUCUGACAGGAGGCACGUUUUCUCUCUCCAACAUAGGAUCUAUUGGAGGAACCUACGCUAGCCCGGUCAUUAUGGCACCUGAGGUUGCUAUUGGUGCACUUGGAAAACUCAGAGUUCUACCCAGAUUUAACAGUGCUGGUGAGGUGUAUCCUGCACAUAUUAUGAAUGUCAGUUGGUCCGCUGAUCAUAGGCUGCUAGAUGGUGCUACUGUAGCCAGGUUUUCCAACCUAUGGAAGAGUUAUCUAGAAUCUCCAGCAACUCUUCUCCUUGACCUUAAAUAGGUGAUUCUGAUCAAUGCAUUUCUUUGUGCAAGGUGAUAGGUAACGGCAUUCUAGUCUUUUACACUGUACAUGCAUUGUACACACACUGUAUACUGUACGCCAUUUGCUGUUAACAGUGUAGUGUGUACUUAUCAAUACAAGUGUUCACUGUAUACACUUACUCAUAGUUGUGUACAGUUUUAACUAGUUGUUUUGUAAUGUACAGUACAUAGUUUGUUGUACCUUGUCAACUCAAAAUAUUUUAAACUGUGUACUUCAGACAAUGCCUGAAUGUACAGUGAGACCCAUGAAACUGUGGAACGACUGUAAGACUCAAGUUUGGUGUUAAAUAGUCUAAAAUAAACAUGAAACAGAAUUAAUAUCACUUAAUAAGCUACCGGUAAUACUGAUUGCUUUACAACACAUGAGAUUGCUGAAAUAUCGUAUUUCCUGUUCCACAGUUCUAUGGGCUCUACUGUAUAUAUUGUGCACGGUGUAGAACUAUGUGAACUAUGUACGAAAUGUGCCAUAUUUAUUAAAAGUUUACUAUAGAUAGUAGGGUAACCUAAUGGUAAA